AUGGACGACUCUUGGCAAGAAACAGCAUUUUCCUCCCGCCACAUGCACAACCGCGUANAACCGCAAUGGCAAAUCAACCAGCAACAGCGGCAGCGGCAAAUCAAAAGAAGCACUUUCGACGUGCGCAAGACUUUUGGAAGCUAUACUGUAAAGUGUCCUGCAUGGCACAAACUCCAGACCUCUGAUGAUGGGGUAAAAGGAGAUGGACAUGCAGUGUUGGAAUUGUAUAGAUUGACGGAAUGUGGGAAGGGCGUUGUGGGAGAGAUGGCGUUGGAGGGGGUGUUGAGGGCUGCAGUGUUGUUGGCGGCUAGUAGGAAGAGUUUGCAGGGAAUUUUGGAGAGGUUGGAACCUGUCGAGGAAUCGGAAGAGGAGCAAGUCAAAAAGGAGGCUGAGAAAGGAGAACAAAAGAGCGAUGCAGACAGCGAUGAGGAAGAAGAGGACGAGGAAGAAUCAGAAGAAGAGCCCGAACCUGACCGUUUCGAAACUUUCGAAAAGAAUAGUUUCAGAGAGCCAAAGUUUUGGUUAAGAUGGAAUGGUGUGCUCGAGUCACCAGCAGUGGAAGAAGAAAAGGCCGAGUCAGGGCUUGGCUACAUCAUCUUCCCAAGCAACGAUUGUCGCAAAUUCAAAGGGACGUUGAAUUGUGCUUCUCUGGAGUGGAAGGAUGUCGCUUUCUCUGGUCACAAGAUUGCUCCCAGAUCGGAGUCGGACAUACCGGUUGCAUGGGGCUUGAAUGAGGUGCCCAUGUGA